AUGAAGUUCAGCAUUGUUUUCGGCCUGGCUGCCGCUCUCGCUCUGGCUCCCAAUGCCAUCGCCUUCAACCUUUUCGGUAACCAGCAGGAUGCCACUCCCACCUCCGGUGCUCAGCCCUCCGGCACUGUGCCCAGCGGUCUCCCCCAGGGUUCUAGCGGUGCCCAGGGUGGCUCUGAGGGCGGUUUCGGCGGCGCCCAGGAAUCUGGCCGCCCUCAGGCUUCCGGCACCGUUCCCUCCGGCGUUGCUGGUGGCUCCCAUCCCAGCGGCAGCUUUGGCCACGGCUACGGUGGCCAGGGUGGUUUCCCCUCCGGCGGCGCUCAGCCCUCUGGUAGCUUCGGCCAGGGUGGUGAGCGCGGCGCUGCCCCUACUGGCGCUCCCUCUGCUGCUCCCUCCGGCGCUGCUGGCGGCUCUAGCGACCAGGGGUCGGGCUUCAUCACCGUCUCUGGCGCUCUUCCUACUGGCUCUGCUGUUCCCAGCACUGAGGGUUCCUCCGAGGGUACCCAGCAGUUUGAGCGCGUCCACGCUCGCCAGAUCCGCCCCUUCUGGGUCUAG